CAGUAUUGCGCAAAGUAAACAAACUGCUGUCGUUAAAUAAGAUAAAAAGCUAGACCAUACGCUUGCUAUUACAGUUAAUCCAGUAUGUUACAUACUCCAAGACCUUCUCAAUGACAUGCUGAUUCUGGUCAUGUUAUAACAAGUACUCUCUCGAAAACAAACAAAUGGUAUAAAGAACGAAAACCUGCAUGUUAUCCUUGUUAUUUUUCUUUUCUAUACCUAUUGAAGACAAUUUACCAUCAGUUUGAGUAUUUCAGCAGCCAGAAUAUGUAUAAUUCUAGAGAUAUGGUCGAUCAGCAUUAGCAAAAUCAACUCUGUUUCUCUCUCAGCCCACCGCUUGGUUUCAGCCAGUCAGGUUGUUGCGACCCGCCAAAAUCGCUCUGGCAUUUUCAAACCCCGAUUUCAUCUUCAAAAGGAGUGACUUUUCCUUCAGUAUUGUGUCAUUUCUCUCGCUUAAUCGAUCAUAAUGGACAUGUCCAGCGGUUCGACUUCUAUGACAAUGACGAUGGGAACCUUCCAUUGGACCUCCGUUGGUGAUGCACUGUGGUUUGAUAGCUGGGUUCCAUCUUCAGAAGGUGCUUAUAUCGGUGCAUGCAUUGCAUUGUUCGUUCUGGCCAUUCUCGCUCGAGGAUCCGCGGCUCUUCAGUAUUACGUUGAAGGAUGGCUUAUUAUCAAAGAGGAAAAGAUAUUGCAUGCAGCAGACAACAAAUUCGCCAGAGCCGAUUCUAAAGUUACCAAGAAUACGUCUCUGGAUGAGUCCAUUGAUGGCCUGCGACGACGGGAUGGGGAUAUUAAUCAUAAUGAAAAACCUCUAGAAUACUCCACAACUUCGACGCCAACAUUUAUGUCGAAAACGAAAGCUCCAGCUCGACUAGAACUUCCUCAUGUACCUGCCUUUCACUGGCAAACCGACACACUUCGAAGUUUAUUGUCAACCCUCGUCACCUUUAUCAGCUACCUACUCAUGUUGGUUGUGAUGACUGGCAAUGGUGCAUAUUUCAUUGUUAUCAUAAUAGGCGUGUUUGUAGGAGAAAUGGUGUUUGGUAGAUAUCGUGCAUUACGAGGGUUCCACGAUCUUCAUAAUCAUUAGAUGCUCCAAUUUGUGUAAUAUUUUCUCA